GGAGGGGAGAUGCCCCAGCUCGGUCCCUGCUGGGGCUUGCCUCUGACAUCAGCAUGAAACCGGCCAUAAAAACGGCAACUGGAGGGGACUCCAGCUCACACAGCGGCCGCUCGGCUCAGCAGGACAGCAGUCGGGAACCUCGCCUCACCGCACCACGCCACAUCAGAGGCCGCUGUCUUCGUGGCACCAGCGGGAAGUGCCAGGGGCCAGGAGGCUUUGGGGCUGAGCCACUGCAGCUGGAGAAGUGCCAGGGAUGAAGCUGGGGGCCGCCUGCCUCCUGUGCCUGCUGCUUGCCUGUCUGACCCUGCCCGUUGCCCACGGCCGCAUCCGCGAGCGCUCCAUGGAAAUCAGGAACCCGGACAUCGACCCUUCCUGGUACACAGGCCGUGGGAUCAGGCCCGUGGGGCGGUUCGGGCGCCGGCAAGCCCUGGGUGAGGGUACCCAUCCCGGGGGGGGCAGCCAGCAGCAAGCCUGUGCCCCCCCCCGCCCACACCCCCAGCCACCCCAGGAGAAGCGGAGCCCCUGAGCUGAAGCCAACAAUAAAAGCCCU